AUGAUGACAUCCGCGUCUAUUUUAUCGUCUCGGAGCGCGUACGCAUCAACGAGCGUAAAAUCGAAAAGACCGGAACAAAAUAAUAAACACCUAUACAAAUCAACGACGAAAGCGUUGUUCAACAAUAGGAACAACAAAAGAAGAACAGAAAUGCGAAGAGGAACGGGCGAUAGCGACGAUACGAAAGGAAGAGGCUAUCUUAUUGCACCACCGCCUCUUUUUCCUCUCGUGCCUGCAUUUGCACGGCAAACGUACCGAUACGAAAUCGACGCGGGUAAAAUGUGGUUCUUCGAGCAGAAGCAAGGUAUAGGAUUAGGCUUGAACGUGUCAGUGAACGUCCGCAUGACGGUUAUUAAGUUGAAAACGGGCGGGUUGUGGGUGCACGCGCCAGUUGCACCAACGAAAGAGUGCAUUGUACUUUUAGAUGAACUCGACGCGCCGGUCGAGCACAUCGUGUUACCUACUACACUCUUUGAGCAUAAGCUAUUCGUGGGACCGUUUUCACGAAAAUACCCAAACGCGAAGGUGUGGAUAACACCAGAACAGUGGAGUUGGCCCGUGAAUUUGCCGCCUUUAUUUUUCGGCAUAGAUUAUAAGAAGAAUGGGGGCGGCAUUUUAGGUGAUUCGCAACCUUCGUGGAUGGACGAGUUUGAUAUUGAGUUGCUAAAGCCGCCUGCUUUAGGAGUUGCUUCCUAUGUCUCUUUUAUCGAAUGCGCUUUCCUUCAUAAGCCCUCAAAAACGUUACUGGUUACUGAUUCAGUCGUUUACGUCUCCGAAAACAUUCCCGAUGCCGUUUUAGAAUGCGAUUUAAUGGAAUCAGGCGACGACAAUUCCUUCACCAUUAGCGCGCUGAAGUUUUUAAAUUUAUUCAACAUCCGCGAAAAGGCAAAAUCUCGCACGAACGAUUCCGCCUCGAUGACUAUAGAAGAGAAGAGACGUCUGGGUUGGCAGCGAAAUGCUCUGCAGGCUUUAUAUUUUGGUCCAAAUAACCUCCUGGAUCCGGAAGAGAGUUGGAAAGACGUGACCAAUCGCUUGUUCGUUGCUCCUGUGGUUGCGACGUUGGUGUACGAAAACGUUCCGGACUACGUCAACGAUUGGGCACAGCGCGUCGCAAAAUGGAACUUUAACCGAAUCGUGCCGUGCCAUUUCGAUGCGCCCAUCAAAGCUGGGCCAAAAGAAUUUAGAGAAGCGUUUCGUUUUUUGCCUUCCAGCAGACCCUCGAAACUUGGUGGUAACAAACCGUCGAACUCCUUAAAGUCUCCGUACUUCAACGACGAAGAUAUGAUUUUGUUACGCGGCGUUGCUGAUUUUCUCAAGAACACGGGAGUCAUUUUUAGCGACGAAUCGAGACCGAAGAAGAUAAAAGUAAUUAGUAGUAGCAACAAAAACAAGCAGAGUUAG